CAAGGGGAAACCACGUUGUCAGACCAGUUCUGAUGAGUCUCAGAAGCAUAUUUGAGUACUCAAGAUUAACAUCUAUCUAUGCCUCACCGUAGUAGCAUGUAACGCCACAGUCUCCAAAAUCAGGUUUUUACGUUUAUUGUCAUUUUUUAACCACACGAGGUUAUUGUAAUAUAUACCGGUAUAUCUAUCUCUCCCUCUCUCUCUCUCUAUAUAUUUUUAUUUUUUUAUUUUACUACAAAACUGAAGUGGGCAUUCGCACAGCAAGUGUUCGAUCAAUGCCAUGGAGCGCGAAGAUCUCAUAAGGGAGAACUUAACUUUCGCCUUGCUGAAUAAUCAACCAGUUUGUAGCGAAUGGAAGAUGGAUGUUCAGGAUGCUGUCUACCACCUCGCUAAUAUGUUUUUAGUUUUAGGUUUCAUGGGAGGAAGUGGGUUCUAUGGGCUGCUCUAUUUGUUCUUUUUCUUGGCACUGGGCUUUCUUUGCACUUCGAUAUGGGCUUGGAUGGAUGCUUGUGCUGCCGAUAUUUUCUCGUGGAAUUUUACCCUUUUGGUGAUCUGUGCGGUACAGAUGGUGCACGUCGCCUACCAGCUCAGGAGUGUCACUUUUGCUACAGAAUUCCAGGACCUUUAUGGAUGCAUCUUUCAGCAACUGGGGAUUCCCCUUACUGUCUAUGGAGAAAUAGUUUCUUGUUGUGAUGGGGAGGUGACCACUUUAGAAAAAGAUCACUGUUACGCAAUGGAAGGCAGAACCCCUAUCGAGAAUCUUGCUAUUCUGUUAUCAGGAAGAAUCCGCGUGACAGUUAAUGGGGAGUUUUUACAUUACAUUUACCCCUAUCAAUUCCUGGAUUCUCCCGAAUGGGAUUCGCUCAGACCUUCAGAAGAGGGCACUUUUCAGGUGACGUUGAGAGCAGACACGACGUGUCGGUAUGUGGGCUGGAGACGGAAAAAACUGUAUUUACUCUUCGCUAAAUACCGUUAUAUCGCCAAACUGUUUUCGGUCCUGAUUGGGAAUGACAUCACUGAGAAACUCUUCUCACUGAACGACAAGGUUUAUGACAGGGAUGGAAUUCGCUAUGAUCUCAGAUUACCCAGUUUUUGUCACGCGGCGUUGCCGGAUUUAGAAAAGAACCCGACUCCGCCGGCGCUGGGUAGCCUUUCAAGAAGACAACACCAGAGUUGAACAAAAUUAUUCAAUAUUGGUUUAACAUAAUCUGUAAUACAUACCGAAUUGACUGUUAUACGCUUUUUUAAGAUAAGGCUAGUUUUGUAAGCGCAAUGAUUUAUUAACUUUUGUAAAGGCCUACUGGUAUAUUACACAAGUCUAUUAUUGCCUAUUGUUUUUGUGUUGUAUAUUUACACAAAACAAACUUGUACAACCGUGAUGUGCUACAAACCUUAUUAUUUUUGUAUUUAUAAUUUACUUUUUUACAAAUAUUUUGUUAAUAGCGUUAUUAGCAAUUGUGCAAUUUACUUAUCAUUUUUAUGAUGGUGUUCAGCUGUUGUUUUCUUAAAUUCUAGCUGUGUUGUGUCAUCCAUGUCAAUAAUAUGUUUUGUUUAUGAUGCUUUGUAAUUACAAAUACAUUGGUAACAAGUAAAUAAUAACAAAGGCAUAAUACAAUGAGAUUCAUGUUGCCUCUGAUUAAUCAUUCAAAGAUUGGGUAACAAUUCUGAGUGACAUGAAUAAGUAUUUAAUUCAUAUGCAGUUAACCAUUUGCUGAAGUUUAGUUAGUCACAGACAAAAGCAUUGGCACCCUACACUUAUUAUACCAUAAUUGAAGGUCACAGAUUAAGGACAAGCAUGCAGUAAACUUUAACCACUUUUUAAUAAAACAUAACGCAAAAUACACAAUUUCUAAUAAUUUGCUCAUGGCAAAAGUAUUGGCACCCGUGCUUUAGUAUUGUGUGUGGCCUCCUUUUGCUUUUAUUACAGCUUUCAGACAUUUAAGAUAAUUCUUAACCAGUAUGUUACAUCUUGUUGGUGAAAUCUGGGCCCAUUCUGUCUUGCAUAUUUCCUUCAGCUCAGAUUGACUGGAUACAAAAUGCGUGGCUAUGGCUUUUUUCAGAUCAGUCCAAAGCAUUUCUAUUGGAUUGAGAUCCGCUGAUUACAAAGGCCAUUCCAGAACUCUUCAAGAAUUCCAGAGUUGACUUGGCGAUAUACUUUGGGUCACUGUUGCGUUUAAAAAAAAAGAGAAACUGUCUGCCAGGCAGCCUAUGAGGAGAUACUUUGUACAAUGUUUUGAUACAUGGCUGCAUUCAUUCGAUCUUCAGUCACAUGAAUGUCUCCAGUCCCUGAACUGCUAAAACACCCCCAUAUCAUUGUUGAACCAACUCCAUGUUUAACAAGGUUUUCUUCAUUGAAGGCUUUCCCCUUUUUUCUCCAAACAUACUGUGAUCUCAUUGGGCCAGAUCAUUUUGUUGAAGAAUGAUUCAGAUUCCUGUUUAGACAGCAUUGUUGUGUAUGUUUUUUGAGACUUGUAAAGCUACUAAUACCCUAUUCACUCGAUCACCACAAUUUGAAAACAUGAUUGUGAAUGG